AUGAGCUUCAUUGAGACAGCGAUUUGCGUAGAAGGAGGUGGAGGCAGCUUCUUGCCGUUGUUUGCCAAUGAGCAUAGCUGGCCCUCCAGCCUGCGGGCGGUGCUCUACGGCGUUGGAAUGGUCUACAUGUUCCUGGGGGUGUCGAUCGUCUCCGAUAUGUUCAUGAAUGCCAUCGAAGAGAUCACCAGCCGCUCCAAACAGGUCAUGAAGAAGGAUGGGCGCGUGAUAACGUACAAAGUCUGGAAUCCCACGGUGGCAAAUCUGACCCUCCUGGCGCUGGGCUCUUCUGCGCCGGAGAUUCUGCUGUCCGUGGUCGAGACCCUUAACAAGGACUUUUUUGUGGGCAACUUGGGCUCCGCAACCAUCACCGGCUCGGCCUCCUUCAACCUGCUAGUCAUUGUCGGGCUGUGCGUUGUCGUCAUCCCUAGCAACGAGAUCCGCAGAAUGAAGGACAUGGAGGUGUUUGUCGUCACCUUGGUCCUUAUGUUCUUUGCCUACCUGUGGCUCGCGGUGAUUGUUGUAUUCAUCACACCCGAAGUGGUUGACAUCUGGGAAGCGGCAGUCACCCUGGCUGGUGAGCCCGUACUGGUCUACAUCGCAUAUUUGGCUGAUGUGGGCGCCUUGCGCCGCUGGAGGCGUUGUGGCGAGGCACCAGAGGAGGAGGACAAGCUGGUGACUCGAGCAAUGAAGAUGUUGGAGCUGGAGCUCGGCGACGAAGACUAUGCUGAUACCCGGGUUGUCCUGCAAGCUGCUGCCGCAGAGGAUACCACUGGUUUUAGAAAGGUGGUGGAACGAGGGCUCCCUGCUGAUCGCCAAAGCCUGGUUGGCGUUGUGCAGGCCGGUAUGGCGGCACGCGAAUCUCGCGCACAACGACGCGCAGCCAUGGCACGAAUCAGACGGGGCAGCAAGGCCACGGUCGACUCCGACCCGUACCGCAGCAACUUUCACCACGUCAAGCCCAUGGGCAUUGGAAGGCCGCAGGUGCAGUUUGCCGUAGUGCAGCAAAGCCUGUCUUCCGAGCUUUCCACCAAGUCCAUCACUGUGAUCCGAACGGGCGACCAUAACCAGAUCGGCACCAUCACCGGCACCUACGUGGUCCUGCGCCUGAAGGAAAUUAUCUCACAGCCUUCCACCAACAGCCUGUUGGAGUCCGUCUAUGUUACGGACCCCGACAAUUACGAGGGCUCCAUGGAAGUCAUCGGCCGGGGCAGCUUCACGAUGAUCCCUGGGGAGAUGGUCAAGGACGUGCCGGUAGAGAUUGUAAGGCCGAAGAAUGCAACGAUGAGGGGUGCACCGGAGGAAGUUGUGGUGAAGAUGGAUUCCCUCGAGGGCGUCACCAACUCAAGCUCAACGCCCGUGCCCCUGGAGAUUGGCCCCAUCCAUGCGACAGUCGUGACCUUCGUGCCUGCUUUCCGAAAGGGGGUCAUCUCGUUCCCCUACGAGCGCGUUGCCAUUGCUGGGGCCUCGAAUUCGCAGAAGCUGCAGUGUGUGGUGGAGCGGCUGGAUGGAUGCUCCGGGCCGGCACGUUGCAGCUUCAGCACAGCACGACUCUCGUCCGUGCCGGGAUUUGACUACGAGGAGACAGAGGGUGUGCUGGAAUUCCCCCCGGGCGUCACGGAGCGCUUCGUAGAGAUCGAGAUCCUCCCAAAGCGCAUGGAGGAGAUAGCUGACAAGUUCCUCCUAGUCCUGAACGAAGCAGAAGGCGCCCAGUUCGAUUCCUCAGAGGGUUUCAAGCGGGACUCCCACAUCCAGACCAUUAUGAUUGGAGUCAACGAGGCGGACGAGGGUGCGAGCAAAUGGUUGGAUGCCACCUUCAACUGCGACGAGGUGCGCUUGGGCAUGACAUCCUGGCGCGAGCAGUUCCACGAGGCGAUGUUCGCCAACGGCAGCUGGGAUGACAUGAAGAAGGCGUUGGCGCUUUCCAUGAGCACAUGGAUGAAAAGCAAGACCCAGGGCCAGUUCCCGAAAGUCUCCUUGGGAAUUUGCUGCAUGGAGGGCAAGCUCACAGGGAAGCCGAUGCAGUCCAUCUUGACUCGGUUAGAGCAAAGCGGCGACUUCGAGCUGGUGAAGUUUGACGAGAAGACAAUUUUAGACAAGUCUGCGACGGAAUGGCCAGAGGUCACUUGCCUCAUCGCCUUUGAGUCCAAAGGUUUUCCCCUCGAAAAGUGCAUCGAGUAUUGCGGCAUUCGGAACCCGACGUGCAUCAACAAUAUCGAAGCCCAGCUCAUCCUGCAGAGCCGAGUUAGAGUGUACCAAACCUUGACGAACUGGUGCAUCCCAUGCCCCGACCACGUCAUCGUUGACCACCUUACGGUGCAUCCGCUGGGGUCGAACAUCCUGGAGGAACAUGAUAACUACAUCGUCUACAAUGGCAAGAAGAUUGAGAAGCCCUUUGUAGAGAAGCCGGACGACGGCAAUCGUCAUGAUAUCUGGAUUUACUAUCCGGGAAGCCUUGGCGGCGGUGCCAAGAAGCUUUUCCGCAAGGUCAAAGACAAGUCCAGUGAGUUCGACCCGAACCAGAAUCAGAUUCGACGCGACGGCAUCUAUAUCUAUGAGCCGUUCCUGACGACGCAAGGAACGGACAUCAAGGUCUACACCUGUGGCGCGGGGUACGUGCACGCAGAGGCACGCAAAGCGCCCACGGUGGAUGGCAGGGUGAUUCGCUCCAAAGACGGCAAAGAAGUCAGAUAUCCUGUUGUCUUGUCCCACGGGGAAAAGAUGAUCGCCGCCUUCAUUGUAAAGGCUUUUAGGCAGAACGUGUGCGGCUUCGACAUCCUGCGCACUACUGCUGGAUCAUUUGUUUGUGAUGUCAACGGCUGGUCCUUUGUGAAGGGCAACCAGAAGUACUACAACGACUGUGCAUCAUUGAUCCGACAGCACCUUCUUACCGAGUGCGGCCUCGAGCGCAAAGAUGCACCUGUGAAGCUGCUGAAGGCGCCUAGCAAUGAGGACCUUGACAAAAGCAACGACAACCCGCAGAUCUUUGAGUACCACAGCGCCAAGGCCCACAACGACUGGCACUUGCGUUCGGUUUUUGUGGUGAUGAGACACGGAGACAGGAGACCAAAGGAGAAGCUAAAGUUCAAGUGCAAGCUGCCCGUGUUCCUGAAAUACUUCGACAACACAGAGGACAAUGAGGUGAAGCUAAAGACUGCGGAAGAACUGGAGCUUUUAAAGAGCGCACUCCUGGAGACGAUGGGCGAUCUCUCUCGACAGAUUGCCCAGACACGUGCUGCUCUGAAAAGGGCGCAGGAGCCUGGUUGCUUUUCAUGCUUCGCUCCGUGCUUCGCAGAAAAACAGCCAGGCCCGCAAGAGCUCACAGAGCAGCUGAAAGAGAUGGAGCAAGACUACAACAAUUUGGAGCUGACGAUUCCGGUUCUGGCCAUGGAGGAGCGUUUCUCCGGAUUUGAAAGGAAGAUUCAGCUCAAGGCGUGGCGGGCCACAAAGGAGAAGGACACCCGCAAGGUCUUUCAGGCGCAAGUCAUCAUCAAGUGGGGCGGCGAGCUCACAGUGGGUGGCCUGCAGCGUGCCGAGCUGCUGGGACAGAGUCUCCGUGAGCAGCUUUACUUCGAGGAUCCGGCCGGGCUCUUGCGGCUGCAUUCCUCCUUCCGACACGACUUCAAGAUCUACUCCUCUCAAGAGGGGCGCUGCCUCAUCACGGCAGCUGCCUUUACCAAGGGCUUUUUGGAAUUGGAUGGCGACAUCAUCCCCAUCCUGGUCAGCCUGGUGCACUCUGAGGGCUACGGCCAGGCGGUGCUGGAUGAGCCCAUCCCCAAGAAGGUCCGCACAAUUGUGAAAGAGAAGAUUGAAGAGAUCCUCCUCACUGACGAGGACAUGAAUUCGGAGGAGAUGACCAAUAAAGCCUGUCCAACAGCCGCUCCUGGUUUGCUGGAGUGCGUGCACAAGAUCAACAAUCCUUUGGGGCUUCUGCAUCGCAUCAGGGAAUUAGCUGAGGAGUACAUUGGCAGCAUAUCUGAUGCGAUGAAGAGAUGUGAGCAGUACAAAGUCGACCCGGAUGACGAAGCGCAUGAUGAUGCCGUGCAUCUGCAAGAUAUUCGAGGGUCUGUGCCCGACGACCCCAUGAUCCCCUUCGACAUGGAGGACUCCAACAAGCGUAUGUACCUGCACCUGCGCCGAAAAGAGAAUCGAUGGAAGAAGUUGUACAAUGGGUUCGUGCGAGUGAAGGCUGAGAAGGAAAAGAAAGAGAAGAAGGACAAGAAGGAAAAGAAGGAGAAAAAGGACAAGUCAGACAAGCCGGACAAGCCGGACAAGCCGGACAAGCCAGACAAGCCAGACAAGCCAAACAAGCCGGACAAGCCUGAUAAGCCGGACAAGCCGGAAAAGGCUGAGAAGGCAGAGAAGGCGGAGAAGGCGGAGAAGGCAGAGAAGCCUGAGCAGACACCAAAGGAGGACAAGCCACAGAGUGACUUGGAGUUUGACACCAGCAAGAUCCCGGAUAUUUGGGACAACUUGUACUACGACAUGCUCACCCACAGGCACUACUUGGGAGAGGAGUCCUGCCGGAUUGCCGAGAAGAUGGUCGGCUUGGUGCAGCCGCUCUCGGAGUGGGUAGCUGCAUCUGAGUACGGAAUCACUGAGCAGGAGAAGAAGAGCAUCGGCAUGUCUGUAUGUUGGCGCUUGAUUGGGAAGUGCCUGCACGAGCUUGAGCAUUGCAAAUCCCCGGAUCCCAAAGUGACGCAAGAUCGACAAGGUCUGGCCAGGAAGAUGGUCACGCGAGUGCUUUCUGGGCCGGCUGGACCACCCCCUCCGCCGGAGGUGGUUCGCACGGAAGGCCUCUCGCCAACAACGCCCAAGCGUGUUGAGUAUGAAGACGGGCCGCCGACUUCCGUACGCCGCUCGAGCACGGACAAUGGCAAGGAAUGGCGAGAGAUGGCUACACCGUCCAUGCCCAGUUCAAAGACCAACUCGCCACCAGCCACGGACGUGGUACCUGUGCCAGUGCAGGUUGACGAGACAGACAUCUUGUCAGUGUGCUCUGAGAAGUCGCUGAAGCGCUUGACCCCAGAGAUGAGACAGAACAUCACUCGAGUGCUGCGUGAUGACUCGGACUGGCAUCCCCAAGUGCAGCAUGAGGUGCACAAGGUGGCCGGCUUGGACCAGGAGUUGGUGCGCUCUCGAGUGUUUGUGACUAGUGCAUCGACGAUGCACUCACUGCUCAAUGUUCUGAGAUACGGUGAGGGCAAUCCCUUGGUGUCCAGGAACGGGACAGUCGUGGAUCUGAACUACUUGUCGCACUUAGUGAUCAGAUGCUACGAGCGACGGAAAGGGGCCAUCAGCAAGUCACCUGAUGGUAAAGGAAACUUUCGCGUGGAGAUCCAGCUGUCGCCGGGCGUGCAGGUCUUCAAGGAGGGCAAGCAAGUGCGGUGGCCGGAUGGCAGCGACCUGCAGGAGACGGGCUGCUCCGUGGCUCCCUUGGAACAGCUUGGCGAUCACCAGCUGGAGGAUGUGGAGAAGUAUCUCACCAGCCUCAUCCAGUCCAGCACGGACAACGGCGACACCCAUCAGGAAGGCACGGACGAAAGCCACUGA